CAUUGAUCUUUUUUACAUGGAUGUAGCAUUGCCAGACCAUGGUAAUUUAACUCUCAAUUUCGGUUCAGCAGAAUUUUGGUUGUAUUAAUAGCUGAGUCCAUUGUAUUGUAACUUGAAAAUUGUUCAAUCUGGGGUAAAAAUUGCAAUUUACUGCCAAGUAUUGGUGAGAAUCAUACCUGAUAUUGGAGGACAUUACAAGGAUCAAGAUGGGGACAAUUCUACUCUUUAUGGCAUUAGCUCAUCAAAUGGUCAAAUCUUCAUUGGCUGCUGGUGAAGAGAUCAGGCUGGUCAACGGCACUAGUCGCUGCUCUGGAACAGUGGAGAUUCUUUACGAGGGCCAGUGGGGAAGAGUGUGUGGUCAGAAGUGGGACAUCGACGAUGCCAAUGUGGUGUGUGGCCAGCUGGGCUGUGGGAGGGCUGUGAGUGCCCAAGGUAGUGUCCACUUAGGUCAGGGUAGUGGUGGCAGGCCGACUUGGCUGGAUGAUGUUGGGUGUAAAGGCAGUGAGAGCUCCCUCACAGAAUGCUCACAUGGAGGAUUGAAACACCAUGACUGUUUACAGUCUCAAGAUGCCAAAGUUGUCUGCUCAGUUAAACAUAAUAUCAGACUGGUCAAUGGGAGUGACCUCUGCUCUGGGAGGGUGGAGGUCUAUCAAAUUGGUCACUGGCGAACCGUGUGUAAUGACAUAUGGGAUUUGAAUGACUCUGCUGUGGCAUGCAGACAGCUAGGCUGUGGGAGAGCUGUUAGUGCCCCAGGGAGGGCUUACUUUGGUCAGGGCAGUGGGCCCAUCUGGCAGGAUGAUGUUGGCUGCUCUGGCAGUGAGUGCUCCAUCACACAGUGCCCACACACAGGAGGAACACAAAACUGUCGUCAUGGUAACGACGCAGGUGUUAUUUGUUCAGGUGUUGUCUUGCAGAUGCCUUCACUCUCCACAAACCAAUCAUAUUCUGCCUUAUUGCAAGGAGAGGAGGUCCAACUCACCUGCACUCUUCCAUCCCGUAUCCUCUGUAAUGCUGUGGAGUUCAUCUUCUAUCUGAAUGGAGAAUCCAUCAUGACCGUGACCGUUGGAUCCUCACAGCCCAGGGCUACUUUAACAAAGUUUAAGAUGGAUGCUUCACACCAGGGCAGUUACCGCUGUCUCUACAGAACCCUCUCCAACAGCCAAGCCAUCAGCUCCCCUUACAGCAACAUUACUAAAGUGGUCCUGCUACAGCCCAACAUCUCUCUCAGUCCUCCAAAUGGAGGGAUGUUUUGGGAACCUCAGGGGCCAGAGGUGUUCAGGGGCCACAGCUUCUCCAUCACCUGCUCCAUUCAGCCACAGUAUCCUGGAGGCCUCUUCUAUCUGGACUUCUCUGGGUCCAACAGGACUGAAACUAAGCCAGCAGUCAACCACUCUGCCUCCUUCCACUUCCCCGUUGCAGAAUAUACAGACCAGGGGAAAUACAGCUGCAGCUAUGGAGUCAACAUCUCAACCUGGUCAUUCAGGUCGGCAUCCAUGGUCCCCAUCAUCGCCUCUGGAAGGACUGGUACUGACACCAGACACAACAGAGGGGAGGACAACGAAGAGGAGGAGGAGGACUAUGUGAACGUUGAAAACGUCUGCUAUGACAGAGGUCUGGAGAGAGUGAAGGGAAAUUGGAGGAUGUCUAUGUCAAAGAAGAGGAGGGUGUAAGGGAGGGAAAGGGUGUUUGUGGUGGGUCUCAUGAGAAAAUGAAUAGUGCAGAUGAUGAUGAAGAUGAUGAUUAAGAUGUCUCUGUCUAUGACAAUGCUGUACCACAUGACAUGAAUGAAGACAUUUAUCAAAACGAUUAAGAAAAGUGACAGCGGUGGCAGGUAGCCUAGUGGUUAGAGCGUUGGACUAGACAAGAUCGAAUCCCUGAGCUGACAAGGUAAAAAUCUGCCGUUCUGCUCCUGAACAAGGCAGUUAACCCACUGUUCCUAGGCUGUCAUUGAAAAUAAGAAUUUGCUAUUAACUGAAUUGCCUAGGUAAAAAAAAGAAACUUAACUCAUUUGCAUCAACACAUUGAUUUGGUCCUUCGUGACAUGUAAAUAAAGUUAAAUAAUAAUUCAGAUGCAAUAGUAUAACAACUACAGUUGAUGCUUAAAUUAGACAUUAUAUUGCUUUCUUUGAUUUAGCAUUUUUGUAACCAAUCGAAAUGUUCAGCAUAUUUGAUCAAUUGGGUCGAAUUCCAAACUGUAGUUGUUGUAUGCAUUGGUGGGGUGUCACUUUGUGUCUUUGGUCAGUUCCAGUGUUGUUGAGGAACUAGCAUUAUGUGUUUUAACUGUUGGGUGAUUGCAUUACACUGAACUGGAUCCUCAUUGCAUGUUUUUGAGAUGAACUGUCAUGUCUCCAAUUCUUCUUUGAUGGGGAGUAGAAGGUGUUCCACCAAGUGAGACAAGGUCCAACCAUAAAAAUUGUAUGAGCA